GCCGCUCUUGUGCUUUGGGUUCGUUUGUUAGUGCUUUCCCCUUCGGUCUCUAGAAGAGAACAGGGAGUGGGCCAGUAUCCCUCCCAUCACUGGGCACGGUAGCUGGUGGUGCGUUCAAGCAAAGGGCGGGAGAAGCAAAGAACUCUGGCGGCGGCAGGCAACGGUGAGGUGCUCGGGCCAUGGGCUUCGGGGCAGUUCCUUCCUUCCUGCUGCUGCUGCUCCCUUUACUGCUGAGCUCAGCCGAGAAGCUUGAAGAUGGAUGUGGACCUAUGAUCAUUCAUCAAGACAGUGGAACUCUAGCAUCCAAGAACUAUCCUGGGACUUAUCCCAACUACACUGUUUGUGAAAGGAAAAUCCAGGUGCCUCAGGGGAAACGACUCAUCUUAAAAAUCGGAGACUUGGAUAUUGAAUCCCAGAAAUGUGACUCUAACUAUCUUAACAUCCAAAGUUCUACAACAGUGCAUGGUCCAUACUGUGGCAAUAUGCCUGUCCCUGAAGAAAUUAUCUUGGAUUCCAAUGCAGCAACUAUUCACUUUGAGAGCAGGUCUCAUGUAUCUGGACGGGGCUUUCUGCUGUCCUUUGCUAGUAGUGAUCAUCUAGAUUUAAUCACAUGUCUGGAGAAAGCAAACCACCAUGUAGAGACUGAAUACAGCAGGUACUGUCCAGCUGGUUGCAGAGAGAUAGCAGGCGAUAUUUCUGGGAAUAUAGUGGAAGGAUACAGAGAUACCUCCUUGCUGUGCAAAUCUGCCAUACACGCUGGAGUCAUUGCAGAUGAGUUGGGUGGCCAGAUAAAUGUUGUUCAACAGAAAGGAGCAAGUCGGUAUCAAGGAAUUCUGGCUAAUGGAAUCCUUUCACAGGAUGGCUCUCUGUCAGAGAAGAGAUUCAUUUUUACCUCAAAUGGUUGCAAUAAAUCACUGAACUUAGGAGGAGACACUUCUAACAGCCUGAUUACUGCAUCGUCAUACUGGGAUGAAACCAAUGAAAUUGGGGAGUUGGUUCAGUGGUCUCCAGAUAAGGCUUGGCUCAAAAUCCAAGGGCCGUCCUGGGCAGCAAACCAGAGCAAUCACCGACAAUGGCUGGAAAUUGACCUGGGAGAGAGAAAAAGAAUAACAGGAAUUAGAACUACAGGUUCUACGAUGCACAAUUUAAACUUUUUUGUUAAGACUUUUAUUGUGAACUACAAAAAUAACUCAAAAUGGAGGACUUACAAAGGAAUUCUAAGCAAUGAAGAAAAGGUAUUUGAAGCCAACUCUAAUCAUAGAGACAUCGUCAGGAAUAAUUUCAUUCCUCCUAUAGUAGCCCGAUAUGUGAGGAUUGUUCCACAAAGCUGGCACAAAAAAAUAGCUCUGAAGGUGGAACUUAUUGGUUGUCACAUAGCACAAGUUAAUGGCUCGCUUACUCAUCUGUUCUGGCAAAGACCAAGUCAAAGACCAGGCAUCUCAAUUAGAAAAGAAGAUAAAACUAUUACAGAACUCUUACCUUCAGCUGAAAAUAAUUUAGGAUGGAAACUUACUGUCAUCAUAGUUCCAGUCCUGGUGGUGCUUUUCCUGUUCCUGAUAUCUGGAGUUUGUAUCUAUGCUGCUAUACAAAAGAGAGAAAAGGGGGGAGUUGAAUGCUCAUGUGAUGCUGAAAAAAAAGGUUUGUGGAAACAAAUCAAACAACCCUUUGUCAGACAUCAGUCUACUGAAUUCACCAUCAGUUACAAUAAUGAGAAGGAAACACCACAAAAGCUAGAUCUGGUCACUAGAGAGAUGGCAGAUUACCAACAGCCUCUCAUGAUAGGAACUGGGACAGUAACCCGAAAGGGAUCCACUUUCAAACCAAUAGACACAGAGGAUGAGAAGAAAAGCAGCACAGACAUUGGGAACCAUUACCUUUACCCACACAGAGCUAAUCGCCAUGAUUAUGCACUGCCUCUGACCAAUCUGGAGCCUGAAUACGCUACUCCUAUUAUAGAACGACAUAUUGGAAGAGAAAAUUCUUUGCCUUCUAAAAACUGUUACAGCACUCCUCCUGUUUCUUCUGCUCGAAAACAUUCCCUUUCUGGAGGCAGUUUCUCUGCCUCAUGUAAGACUGAUGCUGGGAUUGGAGGUUACCAAAUGCCCCAAAGUCAAAAGGACUAUGAUAAACCAAAAAUCAGUAAGACUUUGACCACAGUAGAUGACAGUACUGGCUAUCAAAAACCCCAAACUUGUUCAGUGGCAAGUGAGGGCUAUUCAACACCCAGAUACUGUUUAAAACCAGUAAAUCAGACUGCGAUGACAGCUCUCUUGUAAUCGACAGUUCAAGGAGAGAGUUUGUGUCCCUGUGGUCUGGACUCUGUAAUGCUUUUGUACAAGAAUAUUUAAAUAUUGAAGUGAAAGUGUGUGCUGCUUGCUCCAACUUUCAGCAGCAAAAGCCUUUGCAGUGAAGUCUGCAAGUGGUGAUGUUGGGGCUCCAUUCAAAUAUGUGCAAUUAUGUUUUUUAACUUAAAAAAGUAACUUAAAAGACUUUUUA